ACAUUCCUUUUACCUGGACUGAGGAGCAUCAAAAGGCUUUUGACCACAUAAAAAAAGCCUUGCUGUCUGCCCCCGCCUUGGCUCUCCCAGACCUCACCAAACCAUUUACUCUAUACGUAGAUGAAAGAGCCGGUGUAGCCCGAGGAGUGCUUACUCAGACCCUAGGACCAUGGCGACGGCCAGUAGCUUAUCUAUCAAAAAAACUGGAUCCAGUGGCCAGUGGGUGGCCAACCUGCCUAAAAGCGGUUGCUGCAGUGGCACUCCUCCUCAAAGACGCUGAUAAGUUAACCUUGGGGCAAAAUGUGACUGUGAUUGCUUCCCACAGCCUCGAAAGUAUUGUGCGGCAGCCCCCCAAUCGGUGGAUGACCAAUGCCAGAAUGACUCAUUACCAGAGUUUGCUGCUAAACGAAAGGAUAUCUUUCGCGCCCCCUGCUGUCCUGAACCCAGCUACCCUACUACCAGUCGAGUCAGAAUCCACCCCAGUACACCAAUGCUCAGAAAUCCUUGCUGAAGAAGCUGGGACUCGACGGGACCUGAAGGACCAGCCAUUGCCCGGAGUGCCUGCCUGGUAUACAGACGGUAGCAGCUUCAUUGUGGAAGGUAAGCGGAGAGCAGGGGCCGCCAUCGUAGAUGGCAAACGGACGGUAUGGGCAAGCAGCCUGCCAGAAGGGACAUCAGCCCAGAAGGCCGAGCUAAUCGCCUUGACGCAGGCAUUACGCCUAGCCGAAGGAAAAAACAUCAACAUCUACACGGACAGCAGGUAUGCUUUUGCCACUGCUCACAUUCAUGGGGCAAUAUAUAAACAGAGGGGACUGCUCACUUCGGCUGGAAAAGACAUUAAAAACAAAGAAGAAAUUCUGGCUCUGCUAGAGGCCAUUCACCUCCCUAAGCAGGUCGCCAUUAUCCACUGCCCGGGCCACCAGAGAGGAAAUAACCCUGUGGCGGCCGGGAACCGGAGGGCCGACGAGGCUGCAAAACAAGCCGCCCUGUCGGUCAGGGUGCUAGCAGAAACUAUAAAGCUUCAAGAGCCAAUCGAGCCUGCUCAAGCUAGGACCAAGCCAAGAGAGCUCACUCCUGACCAGGGAAAAGAAUUCAUUCAGCGGUUACAUCAGCUAACACACUUAGGACCAGAAAAGCUCCUUCAACUAACGAGCCGCACCAGCCUCUCCAUCCCGAAUCUCCGGUCCACCGUUCAAGAAGUCGCCAAUCGGUGUCCGGCUUGUGCCAUGACUAAUGCGACUACCACCUACCGAGAGACCGGAAAAAGACAACGGGGAGAUCGACCCGGCGUAUACUGGGAAGUAGACUUUACAGAGGUAAAGCCUGGCCGGUAUGGGAACAGGUAUCUGCUAGUAUUUGUAGAUACUUUCUCUGGAUGGGUAGAAGCUUUUCCUACCAAAACGGAAACGGCCCUGACUGUAUGUAAAAAGAUACUAGAAGAAAUCCUGCCCCGUUUCGGGAUCCCCAAGGUGAUCGGGUCAGAUAAUGGCCCAGCCUUUGUUGCUCAGGCUUUAGAAGUUGUGAAAACCCAGAUCUGGGACCAGAUCAAGGAGGUAUACGAGCCAGGUGCCGUGGCCAUCCCUCAUCCGUUCCAGGUCGGAGACCAAGUGCUGGUCAGACGCCAUCGACCCAGCAACCUUGAGCCUCGGUGGAAAGGCCCGUAUCUGGUAUUGCUGACCACCCCGACCGCAGUAAAAGUUGAUGGCAUUGCAGCCUGGGUACAUGCUUCUCACCUCAAGCCUGCGCCACCCUCCGUACCAGAUGAAUCCUGGGAGCUGGAGAGGACUGAUAAUCCUCUUAAGUUGCGCAUUCGGCGGCGGCGGAGCAAGCCUACCAAGUAAUAACCCUAACCAGCCCAACACCCUCACCUGGCAGGUACUGUCCCAAACUGGAAAGGUUGUCUGGUUCAAGACAGAAGUCCACCCCCUUUGGACUUGGUGGCCCUCCCUUACCCCUGAUAUAUGUGCCCUGGCGGCGGGUCUCGAGGCUUGGGAUAUUCCAGAAAUUGAUGCACCGGCCUCUAAAAGAGUCAGGCCUCCUGACUCAAACUAUGAAAAUGCUUAUAACCAGAUCAAAUAACUCCCCUUGGUUGACCACCCUACUGUCAACCAUCGCCGGGCCCCUAUUACUCCUCCUUCUGUUGUUCACCCUUGGGCCCUACGUCAUCAAUAGACUAGUCCAAUUCAUCAAUGAUAGGGUAAGUGCAGUUAAGAUUCUGGUCCUUAGGCAAAAAUACCAAACCUUAAAUGGCGAAGAUAACUUUUAAUUCCGCUCUAAGAUUAGAGCGAUCCACAAGAGAAAUGGGGGAAUGAAGGAAGUGCUUUUUACAAGGGUAUAGGGAAAAUACAGCCAAAAAGUCAAGUUAAGAAACAAGGGGAACAGAGUCAAACAGGAUAUCUGUGGUUAUGCACCUGGGCCCCGGCCCGAGGCAAAGGGCGGAUAGUUCCCAGAAAUAGACAAGUCAGUUAAAGUUUCAAGAGUGCCCCUCAGCUGUUUCAAGGACUCCCACUUGACCGAAGUUCACCCCUGGCUUGAUUUAAACUAACCAAUUACCUUGCUUCUCGCUUCUGUACCCGCGCUUUUUGCUAUAAAAAGGACCCAGGAGCUCUACUCGGCGCGCCAGUCUUUCGAAAGACUGAGUCGCCCGGGUACCUGUGUGUUCAAUAAACCUCUUGUUUUUGCAUCCGAA